GAGGUUGCAGUGAGCCGAGAUUGUGCCAUUGCACUCCAGCCCAGCCUGGGUGACAGCAAGACUCUGUCUCAAAAAGAGCAUUUUCAUCAUCCCAAAAGGAAACCCCAUACUAUUAGCAGUCACUUGCUAUCCUUCCCCAGCCCCUGGCAACAUCUGUCUGCUCUGUGUGGAUGUGCCUGUCCUGGAAAUGUCAUAGGAAUGGAGUUGUACAGUGUGUGACCUUUCAUGUCUGGCUGCUUUCACUGAACGUGGUGUGUUCCAGGACCCCCGCGUUGUCGUAUGUCAGUGCUUCGUUCCUUUUGGUGGCUGGGAUUCCAGUGCAGGGAUGGGCCAGUUUUACCAUUUAUCUACUGAUGGCCAUUUAGGUGGUUGCCACCUUUUGUGAAUUGUAGGUAGUAAUGCCAUCAACUCUCAUGAACUCAUAUUUUUUGAGUUCCUGUUUUCUGUUCUUUUGGGUAUGUGCCUUGGGGUGGUAGUUCUGUGUUUAAUGCUUUGGGGAACCCCAUCUGUGCAUCUCAAACCACCCACAGCACCGUGUUCAUGCGCCCCCUGCCUCCCCGACACUUGCUGGCCCCCACCUCAGAAUUAGCAUCACAUUAAACCAGACUCACUGAGAGGCGGGUAUUUUAAACCAGGGCCCCACUCAGCACCUAUUCUGGGACGGCAGGAGAGGGAUGGGCCAUCGGGAUGCUGUGAUUGCUUCUCUGGGCAGCAGGGACCUCAGACUCCACAGGUCCCCCCCUCCUCUGCGCAGCCCUCCUGCUGCUUUCAGCUCUCCACCUGAGAACAUUUGGCUCUUUGGCCAAAAGUGCUGUUACUUUUGACCCAGUGGCCACUGGUGGGUCUGUCUGGGAGUCAGAACCAAGCAGCACUUGUUGGGUGCUGUGUAUCAGAGACCGUUUCCUAAACGCCCCGUGCCUGCUGCUCUGAUUCACGAAGGCCAGACUGAAGUCAGGUCUCCGAGCAGUGGGCGUCUCACAUGAGUCUGUGCCACCUGAAAAAUAAGUGUGGAUUGUGUUGGCCUUGUCUUUUACCUCCAGCUUUCUUUCUCCCGUGGUUUUUGCUUGAAUCUGUAGCUCUGAGCGGUUGAUUACCAGCAGCAGUUUACAACAACUGCAGUUUUGUAAACAGCAGCUUACUUUCAAGAAAGCCUUCCCAGUAUAAAUGCUAUUAUGUCCUUCCCCCAGAAGUCUCAUGCCCAGCCCCAAAAAUGUGAAUUAUAAGUGGUAAAGAUAAUGUGGGGCUCACACAGUGGGGGGAGGUGGUUCUUUGCCUGGGAUUGCACCUAACGUUUAAGCACCCCAUAAUGGACCACACUUCCACGCGGUUUCCAAAGUGGGCUGAGUUACAAGCUAGAAAACAGAUAAUUUUUAACGCACUCACCUACCUGUUGCUUAACCAAAAGUGAAAUCUUUAAGGAGACAGCUUAUUAGGCCUUGUGAUUUUAUCAGCUGAUGUAAAAUAAAAAUGAAAUGUACUCGAAUACCAGGGGGCAUGGUAGAAGCCUCCCUUGGAUUUACUGAGAAAGAUGUGUGGGAAACUCAUGUAUCUUUGUUGAUGUCCCCCUCAAAGUCCCUGUAACACAGAGAAGAUGUGUGUUGUAAUAGUAAAUCAUUAUCUUGCACAAAAAGAAAUUGAGGUACGGUGGUGGAUCUCAUCUACCUUAGAUGAUUGGAUAAGGGGGAGCAGAAGCCGCAGCUGGGGUGGCCACGUAUAGCUGUGUAGGCUGCACACUGCACAACUCGAGGCAGGGCUUGCUGCCUGGGUGUCCAGGGUCCCCUGAAGUCAUGCAACUUGGCCAUCUGGCUGAGCUCCUGUUUCCAGUUCUGUGUGCUGCCUUUCAGCCUAGUUGCCCUGUUUUUAAGAUGUGGAUGUCCUGGAAUAGGCAGGCCCCGAUCCAAGAUGAUCGGUGUCCUCCUAAGAAGACAGGUGCUGAGACUCAGGCACUCAGGGAGAAGCUGCGUAGCCAGCUCCUGGAACACACCAUGCUCCAGAAACUCCUGAGUUUCUGGAACUUUGAGACCCACAUGCUUAAGUUCCAUGGCCAGCAUGGAUCGUGCAGGGCUGGUGCUGCUUCUCUUGCUGGAAGGGCGUCUGAGGCUGACUGGGUGGAUGUGCGCCUUAUUCUGGGAGGGGCUGACCAGGAGCUGAGACCCAUGAGAGCUGCCUAGGGAGAGGGGGUCAUUCCCGGAUGGCAAACCGUAUCUCUUCAAGGAGGGAGAGGUUUCACCCGAGGUCGCUGAUUCCAGAAGGACUCUUGUACCCCACCCUGGAACAGACUCCUGGCCCAGACAGGGAGCUCCACACCUUAAGACAGGAGAUGUGGGGCCGUCGGCGGCCGGGCAGUGGCCUCCUGGUAUCUGUACUGUAGGAGCACAGGUUUGGGGAGCAGGAACCUGGCCAGGCGCUGUGGUCAGGAGGACACCCCCAGAAGGGCAGAAGCGGGUGUUCACAGGAGGGGCCCUGGGGCUUGAGUGUUGGCUGCUAUCUUCAUUUCCUGGGGCCCCCGUCACAAAGUAUCGCGGACCGGGUGGCUCAAACAGACAAUUCUCUCCCAGUCUGGCACUUACAAGUCUGAAGUCAAGGCGUGGGCAGGGCUGUGCCCUCUCUGAAGUCUGAAGGGCUGGGCCCUCCCUGUUUUUUCCUAGCUGUUGGGGGUCCAGGUGUCCCUUGGCUGGUAGACAGCCACUCCAGCAGCUGCCUCUGUGGCUACGUGGCUUCUCCCUGCGUGCCUUUGAGUCUCAGCAUCUGUCCUCUUAGGAGGACACCGGUCAUCUUCGAUCAGGGCCUGCCUACUCCACGACAUCUGCAUCUUAAUUAAUUCCAUUGGCGCCAGCUCUUUGUCUAAACAAGGCCAUGUUCUGAGAUUCUGGGAAGCAGAACUUGAAGGGUCACCGUGCAGCCCAGCACAGCUAGUUCGGGGAACUAACUUAAGGCUGGGGGCUCCUCAUCCUUGUCCACCUGCCGCCCACCCUGUGAUGUGUCCUCCCCACUCCAUGAGUGACAGGUGCACCUGCUGAGUGCAGUGGCAGAGAAAACGCUGACGCCUUCUGUGCUUUCUUGACAGCCUAACAUCGGCUACCUGGGCCUGCCACACAGGCCGUCCAGGGAGAAGAUGGCUGUGUUGACGGUGCGGUGAGUGACUCUGUGCUUCGGGAAAGGACAUUGGGAACUACAGCUGUGCUGCCCAGGACACUUAGACUGACUCCAAGAAGUCUGUUCCUUUUCCUGGAAGAACUCAGAGGCCAAAGUGGAGUCGAGUCCCCGCUGGCCUUGACCUGUGCCCCCCGUGCUCACAUUCAGUCUUACGUGUGGACCAGCCUGGGUGGGCAGGACUUGGUGGUCACUGGUGAGUGUCAAACACCGAAAUGGUCAGGACCGAAUGCAAGUGCAAGGAAACAUGCACAGAAAGGCAUACGGAGCCUGGGGCGGGACCAGAUGCAGGAGCCCCCUUUUACUCUGGCCUCUGCCCGCCUGCCUGCUUGGUUUCUGAACCCAGCCUGCUGUGGCCGCCUCUUGCUGCCCAGACAUCACAGAGGACAGCUUUACCUCCUCAGUUCCCUGGAUCUGACCAGCCCUCUGCUCCUGGGGGGUGUCCCCAACCUGCUGGAAGACUUCCCAGUGUACAACUGACAGUUCGUGGGGUGCAUGCGGAACCUGUCAGUUGACAGCAAAAAUGUGGACAUGGCUGGAUUCUUCACCAACAAUGGUACCAGAGAAGCCAUGCCCCACCCCCAGCUCUUCAGCGGUGACAGCGUCAUUUCCUGGAGUGAUCUGAACAUCAUCUCCAUAUACUGGUACCUCGGGCUCAUCUUGCAGACUCAGAAGGAGCACAGCGUUCUGAUGGAGGCUAUCAGCAGCACGCACACCUACUUUUGUCUCCAGGUUCAGUGCACCCAGCAAGAUCAUAGCUCACUGCAGCCUCAAAUUCCUGGACUCAGUCAUCCUGCCUCAGCCUCCUGAUUCACUGGAACUGCAGGUUUCUCAUCUACAAAAUGAGUGCUGUUAUACUUUGCUGUAAGGAUGCAUGAAGAAGCGUUAGCACAAUGCCCGCACCGAGGAGAUGUCUGGUGACUCGAAGAAGCCUUCCAAAAAGCAUGUGAAAAGGGAGCCCUGCUCUACCACCACGGUGACUUCUUCGAGCACAAUCAAUGAAAUUUUGAGAAGAUACAGCAUAUACACCACCCAACGUCAGAGGCAUCAUGGCUUCUGGGGAAAGAAGACGCUAUACCCACAAGAAGACUAUUUCGAGCACAAGAUUCCAAAGUACUGUGAGCCCUGGCCCAGUCUUAAAGCCUCUGAGGAAUCUCCAGCUCUCAAGGACAGAGGAGAUGGAGAGGGGCCGUUCAAUAUGAGGGUGGUGCAGGUGGUCCCUCUGAGGUGUGACUCUAGUAAGUAUUCUGGAAUUACUUGCAAAGAAAGCAAUCUGAAUGCAAAGAAAGGUGUGGCAUCCUUGCAGGUUUCAAUGUGAAGAGCCACCCUGAGCCUGGGAUUGUCAUAGGAAUAAGCAGAGUGGAAGUGUUUGUAAAAAACCCGAGUUCCCCAGGGAAAAAAUUAUGGCCAAUUUUUGAGGAAGCAGCUGUGCUGCCUUUUGGGUGGUACCGAGUUGGGUGCUUGAGGAUUGGUGGUGUCUUGUGUGAGGCUGCAUCAUGUGAUGUGUUCGGGCGGGGGGUGUGUGUGUGUGAGUGUGUGUUUUUGUACAGGUGAGGCUGUGUGUUUUCUCAGGAGAGAUUUCCCAUUUAUACAACUCAAUCACCAGUGUCCACUUCCAACAAUAAAAUCCAUCCCCUCUACUCUCUCUGUACCAGUGACUCCUCCACCCUCACCAGAACCAUCCCUGGGUCUGGCUUCUUAUCCCCACUGCUCAGGUGGAGAACCUGAAGGGCCAAGGGAGUGGCCCCAGCUCCUGAGUUCCUGAAUGAAAAAGUGAAAACAGGAACCCAGGAGAGGGGGCCAGUGCUGACGCUGACAUGCACUUAGUCAUGGGUGUUCACCACCACGCAGGGAGUCCAGCAUUCAUGUAUAAGCCCUAAAGCACAGAGCCUAAGAGGUCCCAGACACUGCCCAUUAUCAUAAAGUGGCCUCCAUGGUCACACGACCCAGGGCAGUUCUAGGCGCAUCUCCCCACGGACCGGCGUAGUUAUCAGUGUGUCAAAAGCACAAAGAUCCCCGGGGGUUUGGGUCAGCUCACAGAUCCUUUCUUUUAUUUUUAACUUUUAUUUAAAGUUCAGGGGUACAUGUGCAGGGAGUGCAGGUUUGCCACAUACAUAAACAUGUGUUGAGAGUUUGUUGUACAGAUUUCAUCACCCAUAUGUUAAGCCUAAUAGCUAUUUGUCCUGAUCCUCCCCCUCCUCCCACCUCCCACCCUCCAGUAAGCCCCACACUCACAGAUUCUAAGAGGAGUGAGGGACCACGCAGGCCAGUGCAGCCCACUUCAGUUGUGAAGUUAAUUUGCUCAGUAACUGGCCAAAGCCUAUAAGGACGGGUGAUGUAUUUUAGUAGAUUUAGUAAUAUUAUCUUCCCAAGCCCUAAAAUGCUCAAAUCCUGCCAGCUGAAAAUGGUGAGGAGGGACAGAUGGGAACUCUGUGCAGCACUUGGUUAUUAGCCUGGCUUCCGUCCCCUCAUGGCAACUGUCUUGUGCAUGUGGGUUAAAGACCCUCAGCCUCAAGCCAAGCCGCCUCCAUGAGGAGCUAUCUCACUAUUGACUGGCUAGUGCAGUGUAUGGCCACCAACCCAACUGAAACAAAACGUGGCUUUAAAACAAGUGUAAAUCUCAUGCAACAGGCAAAUGCAGAAGCAGCAUGUCUUGCAAAUUGUAAAGAAGACAGUCACAAUGUCGCUGGACUUCAACGUGGGUAGACGACAUGAGCGAACUCUGUCACUGAAUCACAGCAGAGUUCAAGGCCACUUGUAGACUAUUUUGUGUUACAGAAGGUGGCCUUUAGCUCCUAAGCAAAGACCUCUGUUUCUCAUUUCUUUCCUGUUCAUCUUAUUGGUCAUUCUCCUUCCGCAAGAGGAAAGAGCCCAAGCAAAAGGCAGUUUCAAUAUUAAUCUGACCGAGGUUUUGUGCAGUUUAUUAUCAUCCAGGUAAUCAGGUGCAACCCGGUCUGCCUACCAGCCCCCCUGCCCCUGCUCUGUUUUCAUUUAAUAAACAUUUUGGUCUACUUACUAUGUGUUAGAUUUUCUGGAGACCACAGAGUAAAUGAGAUAGCAUCUUUAUGUUGACAGCUAAGUUAGAUUUAACAUAACUGAUAAAAAUUAAGAUUUCUGAUUUCUUGUAAAAAUAUUUAGUAUGUGUGAAUGUAUGCUGAAUGUAAAGUGGUUAACAAAAAAAAUCACACUUGCACUUAUGGAGGGCUUUUCAUGAAUUUGUCAACUUGUAUUUUUUUGUAUUUCCCCACUUCACUGGAUAAAGCAUAUCUGAACCUGGAAGCUGAUUCC